UUCUGUUUUGAACUUUUGAGGAUGUUCUAAUAACUGCCAUGAAAAAUAUAAAUUUAUGGUACACAUUGAUAGUUGAGGAAGAAUAAGAAAAAGAAUGUGGUGUGAAAUUGACUGAUACAAGAAAUAGAAGACGAGGGUUUUAGCAACUUAAAAGUCAAUUCUCCUUAAGAUCAUCAUGCAUCGUCUGAGACAAAAAUCUAGAUCCUGUAUCUAUGAGAGUUUUUCACUUCCCAAAAAAAUAAAACGAAAUUUUCUGACAAAACGAUGAACAAAAAAAAGCUAUAUAUAUGAUCUGCUUCUUCUGCGCUCUUCCUCUCAUUGCGUUUUCGGCUUCUCGAUCUUGACAUAAGGAAGAACUCCAAGAAAGUACUUCACCUUCGGACUCCACCCACGCUGCUGAGCUCGACAGAACAUCAAGAACGUGUUCGCGCAGUAAGAGUUCAACCCCAUAAAACAAUGCCACAGAGCAUGUACCCUGAGGAUUCACCGGCCACCGAGAUACCCUCUCGCAGAAAACACGGUCACAGAACCAGCAAACGCUCCCAACCAGAAUCGUAGCAACGUACCAUUUCGCGAUCCUCUUGGCAGCAGCGUCCUCCGUGUGAAUGUAGUACUUGUACAUCCGAGAAUAUUGAUACAUAAUAUAGGUCAGCUAUCUUUAACUUUAUUUUUUUUUCGUAGACAUACAGCUGAAUCUCAAGCUACAAAUUCUAGUUUAAAACUAGUAAGUCACAACUAAUGAUAAGUAAGACUCUAUAAACUCGGCUGACGUAAAUCUAGAACAUUGGUUUUACUUAAGCUAGUCCAUAAAGAAGAGACGGUAGUUUUUGAUUCUAGCUGCUCGACUUUUUUGUAAUUCUUUGAGAAAAACUCUAAUGGCCCAUUUAUGAUCGUUGCAAAUAAAGUCACCGACUAAAUUGUGGGCCUAGAAGAGCCCAUGUACGCUCUUGUAUAUAAAGUUAAUUAGUCCUACGGUUGAGGAAAUUGAGGAAAGAAGAAAGCUGAAGCCCUAGGGUUUCGUUAGUUAUAAGCGAUCUGAAAUUCAAGCUAUUCCAGUGUUUGUACAAUCCAUCAGCCAUGAAACGUUUGGAGCAGCAGUUAUCAACCACGUCCAGACAUGAAACGCAGUCUUCGAACUCGGUAAGAAAUCACUCAGACCCGCCAUCCGUAGAUGAUCUGCUUAUUAGUAUAUUCUCUCGACUGCCCUUAAAGUCUAUAGCUAGGUUUCGCUGCGUAUCGAAACUCUUGGCAUCCAUCCUUCGCCGUCAUGAUUUCACUGAGCUGUUUUUGACCAAGUCUUUGACUCGUCCACGGCUCCUUUUCACUGUAAAAGCUACUAAUGGCAAGUUGUUGUUCUACUCUUCACCUCAGCCUCACAAUCCAGACCAUAACUCUUGUCUGGUUCCUACCCCUUAUCAUACGUCUUCUUUUCCAGAAUAUCUUCCAAGUGAUAUAUGUAGCACGGUCUGUGGAUUGGUAUUGCUUCAGGGAUGGAAAAGAAAGGUGCGAGUGAUUUGUAAUCCUGCCACGGGAGAGUUCUUAACCUUACCCAAAGUGAAAGUUAAGAGUAACCCCAGAGAGAUUGCCCAAACUGAAACGUAUUUAGGGUAUGAUCCGAUCGGGAAACAGUUCAAAGUGUUGUGUGUCACCUUGUCACGUGAUGAAAGACCCAAGACUCAUCAGGUUUUGACAUUGGAGUCUGGAAAACGUGUAUGGAGAACGGUCGAACACAAGUUCUAUUUUGAGGAUAACUUUACAAUGAGUGGUGACGUAUGCAUAGACGGUGUUUUGUAUUUCGGAGCUGCCGUUGGACGAUCUUCUAUGAUAGUUUGCUUCGACGUUGGGUCUGAAAAGUUCAGCUUUAUUAACACAAAUGAAGACAUGAGAAUACAGUAUCCUUGUUUAGCAGGUUCGUUGACAUUGUUCAACUACAAAGGUAAAUUAGGUAUACGUCAGGAUUUAGAUAAUAUGUUUUGUGAAAAUGAACUUGUGUUGUGGGUUCUACAAGAUGCUGGAAAUCAUAAAUGGUCCAAGCAUAGGAUUGUCACAAUUGCACGAACCAUCAGACCUUUUCUACCUUUCCUUCUACAAUUUGCAGUCGGGAACUUUUAAAAGGGUCUACUUUCAGGGACUAGAAGAGUUUAAGCAACAAUUUACAACUCCUCACACCUUUCUAGACUAUGUUGAGAAUAUAAAGUUUAUGUAAGUGCGUUCAAGGCUUUCAUAUAUAUAUUAAACUUUUGGGUUUCAGCUCUUUUAAUGAUAUUCAUUUUACUGUUUGGAUUCUUUAUAAUAUAUCUAAUCUUUGCUCUAAAGUUUUUUUGACUUCUUAGUUCCUUCGAUGUCACGCUAGGCUAAAUUUCAAUCCAAUCACAAAUAAUGGAUUCAUCAACAAGCUAACGGAUUUGAUAACCAAAAGAAAACCAAAACGAAGUAGAAGAAGAGUCCAGACUCAAAAUCAGACCAGAAACAAAUGAUUAGCUUAAGUAAAUCACUUUUCUUCUUGUCUUCAGAGAUUAUAUAUGUAGGUACAAUAUUCACUUGUGUGCAACUCUGCAUCCGUAAUUUGAUCCAUGAAUCUAUACACAGUAGGUCCUUAGCUGAUCGAGUGCCCCAAAACUAGACUCCAUUGCAUAUUCUAUUUGAAACUAAGUGUCUAUAACUAAGAAAGGAAAAAAAAAAGCAUUGAAGACAAUUCUAACCGCUAGACUCCAUUGCAUAUUCUAUUUCUUACCCAUGUUUUUGACCAUCCUUAUAGCAAUUUUAUCAGAUUAUAAGUCACUUUGUUCCCUUAAUGCUUAUUACAAGAUAUACGAUAUUCUCUUAAUGCUUCUACCUUUUGUAUCUAAUCUGAACAUGUAAUUCAUCAAAGCCCAUCUACCUCCUUCGCAUGACUGAAUAAUAUAUAUGGCAAUCGUAUCAAGACAGUUUAUGACAUGCCAGUAGUAGGUCUUUAUUGUUGGCAUUCUUUGACUUUGUUCAACUACAAAGGUAAAUACAAUAUAAGGAGAAUUCAUGUCGGGAUAGACUUGUAUUGUGGGUUCUAGAAGAUGCUGAAUAUCAUAAAUGGUCCAAGCAUAUCUACGUAUUCUCACCUUUGGAUAAGGAGCUGGUCAAGUGUACCGAGUUUGUUGGAAUGACGGGUACAGGUGAUGUGGUUUACUUCUCAUCCGGUACUCAACUUCCCUCGGUGUGAGUAUGAGAAAGCUCGGCACUCAACUUCCCUCGGUGUGAGUUUGACGGAUGACAGGUUUUACAUUAGGUUUUUGAACUUCUGAGUGAAUAACCUAACUAUUUGGCAUGUAUCAUUAGUUGUUAUGCCUUGAAGAUUUUUAUUUAUUUUUACUAAGAAAUUGAGUUUCACUA